AUGCAAUACCUGUAUGUCCGUGUGGUGAAAGCUAGGGAUUUACCUUCAAAAGAUGUUACCGGUAGUUGUGACCCUUAUGCUGAAGUUCGUCUUGGAAACUAUAAGGGUACAACUCGUCAUUUUGAAAAGAAAUCUAACCCUGAAUGGAACCAAGUGUUUGCCUUCUCCAGAGAGAGGAUUCAAGCCACAAUGCUUGAAGUCACUGUAAAAGAUAAAGACUUUGUGAAGGAUGAUUUCAUGGGGUGGGUUCUAUUUGAUCUUACUGAGGUUCCAAAAAGAGUUCCACCAGAUAGUCCUCUAGCUCCUCAAUGGUAUAGAUUAGAAGACAGGAAAUCAAACAAGCUGAAAGGAGAGCUUAUGUUAGCAGUAUGGUGGGGUACUCAAGCUGAUGAAGCUUUCCCUGAAGCAUGGCAUUCAGAUGCUGCUUCUGUUGGUGGAGCUGAUGCUCUUGCUAACAUCCGUUCAAAAGUGUAUCUUUCACCUAAGCUAUGGUAUCUCAGAGUCAAUGUGAUUGAAGCCCAAGACUUAAUACCAAGUGACAGAACUAGAUUCCCUGAAGUUUUUGUGAAAGCUGCACUUGGUCAUCAAGUUUUAAGGACUCGAAUCUCCAUGAGCAAGUCCAUCAAUCCAAUGUGGAAUGAAGACUUGAUGUUUGUAGCUGCAGAACCAUUUGAAGAACACUUGGUUUUAAGUGUGGAAGAUAGACUCGCACCCAAUAAAGAUGAAAUCCUUGGAAUGUGUGCAAUUCCUCUACAGUAUGUGGAUCGAAGGCUAGACCACAAAGCUAUCAACACAAGAUGGUUUAAUCUUGAAAAGCAUGUUAUAAUCGAUGGUGAAAAGAAAAAAGAAGUGAAAUUUGCUAGCAGGCUUCAUAUGAGAAUCUGCUUGGAAGGUGGUUAUCAUGUUCUUGAUGAAUCUACUCACUACAGCAGUGAUCUUAGGCCAACAGCUAAACAAUUAUGGAAGAACAGCAUCGGUGUUCUUGAAGUUGGAGUCUUGAGUGCUCAGGGAUUAUCACCAAUGAAAACAAAAGACGGACGUGCAACAACAGACGCGUAUUGUGUCGCCAAAUACGGGACAAAAUGGGUCAGAACAAGAACAAUAAUUGACAGUUUUACCCCUAAAUGGAACGAACAAUACACAUGGGAAGUUUUCGAUCCGUGUACUGUUAUAACAAUCGGUGUAUUCGACAACUGUCAUCUCCAAGGCGGCGAUAAAGGUGGUGGGGGUGGGGCCCGCGAUUCAAGAAUCGGGAAAGUCAGAAUCCGUCUUUCCACUCUCGAAACAGAUCGCGUCUACACCCAUUCAUACCCUCUUCUUGUUUUACAUCCAUCUGGAGUUAAAAAAAUGGCCUUUGUUACCCAAAAUGCACUACAUCCAUCCGUUGACAGUGAGUCAACUCGAUAG